GGCAUGUCUACACCACCAUGGCCAGAUACAGAGUACCAUAAUGUAGGUACAUUUGUAUCUCUGCCUAUAUCAAGAUGGGACUGCCACUUCUUCUCCUGGUGAGACUCUAUCCAAUGGAUCCGUGGUUGGACAUAAGAUCCCGAUUGGACUUCCGAACGGCAUGCAUCAUCCCUGGGCUUCCAAAGACUCCAAAAGAGCCGCGGCACUUUUCAAAGUCGAGACGAAGUACCUUUUGCCAAAGUCUCGAGACAACCAAUCCCAAGUAACCAAAGAUUGACCACGGACCGGCCCCCAGACUAAGCAUCAGACUGGAUCGGACUCCGCUCUUCGUCACACUCGGCUCAGGACCACCUUGGCUCCAUUGAAUGUUCGAAAAGGGGAACGCCUUCCAGUUAGCCGUCCAUCGUUGCUUCUUUGAUGUUGCGACGUCGUUUUCCGUUGUUUCUCUAGUCCUCCCCCUUCUCUUCCUCAAGUGUUUCUCUCUAGCAGCACCAUACCCUCCAACUCGAGCAAGCAACCGUGACCUUCUUUUUGCGCCCGUCAACCCCCUUUGUUACCUUUCCAAGUGUCGGUGACGGUGUUGGCGAUAACCUCAGUGUGCGCCUCUUGCGAUUCGUAUUAUUUCCUUCCUUGGCCGGCACAGUACUACUACGCGACCCAGUCCGUCCUCUUCUGUAAUCAACCAUGGCGCCCUCACAAGAUACCGCGGCUUAUAUCAAGUCGAUUGCGGAACCGCCACCUCCUGGGACUCCUUACGCCCUGCCUGUUCCUGGAACACAGCGACCGAACCGUACGGCAGUUUAUCGUCAUUGGAAGUUCGUCAACAGCCCUCUCCUCGAGACGCUCGACCCGGCUCACCAGACGGUUCACGAUCUCUUUGAAGCCUCAGUUGAGAAGGUGCCCAACAAGAAGUGCCUGGGAUGGCGCCCAUGGAACGCUGCCACCAAGACCUACGAGCCCAAGUAUGUUUGGAUCACUUACAAGGAGGUUGCUGAGCGGAGGAAGAACUUUGGCGCCGGCAUUGUCGCCAUCCACAAGUCCAUCGGCUUCACCGAGGAGAAGUAUGGCGUUGGUUUGUGGGCGCAGAACCGUCCCGAGUGGCAGAUCACUGAGCUUGCGCUCCUCUCCCAGUCCCUGUUCCCCAUCUCUCUUUACGAGACUCUUGGUCCCGAGACCACCGAGUACAUCAUCAACCACAGUGGUCUUACUGCCAUUGCAUGCUCUGUGCCCCAUAUCCCGACCCUCCUCAAGGUCGCGCCGCGUUGCCCAACCUUGAAGCUCAUUAUCUCCCUGGAUCCUCUGGAUGCUGGUGAGCCUGCUGGCCACACUAAGCGCGAGCUGCUCAAUGCCGCCGCUUCCAACGUGGGCAUCAAGAUCUUCUCCAUCGACGAGGUUGAGGCGCUGGGUGUCAAGUCGGGCCUCUCCAUGAAGCCUCCCAAGCGUGAGGAUGUUCUGACCAUCAACUAUACCUCGGGCACCACUGGCGACCCGAAGGGUGUCCUGAUCACCCAUGCUCAGGGUGUGGCCGGUAUUACUGCUGCCCGCUCGAUGCAGAGCAUCCUCUCCUCCGAUAUCCACAUCUCCUACCUUCCCCUGGCGCACAUUUACGGUCGCAUGGCCGACCAGACCGCUUUGGCCGAGGGCGCUAGCAUCGGUUACUUCCAUGGCGACAUCGCCGGCCUGGUCGAGGACAUGAAGAUCCUGCGCCCGACCGGCCUCAUGUCCGUCCCGCGUCUGUACAACCGCAUCAGCGGCGCUGUGCAGGCCGCCACCAUCGACGCCGACGGCUUCAAGGGCACCCUGUCCCGCUACGUUGUGGAGGCCAAGAAGCAGAGCAUGGCCCUGCCCACCGGCAAGGCCACCAACAAGCACUUCCUGUAUGACCGCAUCUGGACCAAGAAGGUUCUCAAGGGCGUGGGCCUCGACCGCGCCCGCACCAUGGUCAGCGGUUCCGCCCAGCUCGACCCUGAAGUGCACCAGUUCCUCCGCGCCGCCUUCGGCAACGAUUUCAUCCAAGGCUUCGGCAUGACCGAGUCGUACGCCACGGGCACCGCCCAGGUUCCCGGCGACUUCUCCACCGGCAAUAUUGGCCCCCCUUGCCCCUGUGUCGAGCUCUGCAUCGAGUCCGUGCCAGACUACGACUACACUGUCGACGACAAGCCGAACCCCCGCGGCGAGCUGCUGAUGCGCGGUCCCAUCAUGUUUAAGGAGUAUUACAAGAACCCGGAAGAAACCGCCAAGGUGGUUGAAGCGGACGGCUGGUUCCACACGGGCGACAUCGUCGAGGUUGACAGCAUGGGCCGGUUCAAGAUUAUCGACCGCAAGAAGAACGUGCUCAAGCUGUCGCAGGGCGAGUACAUCUCGCCCGAGCGUAUCGAGAACGUAUACAUGGCCAGCACCAACCUGAUCGCCAUGGCAUUUGUGCACGGCGAUCCCAAGGAGUCCAGCCUGGUGGCCAUCUUUGGGAUCGACCCCGUCACCUUCGCGCCCUAUGCCAGCAGGAUACUCAAGAAGAAUAUUGCCCCUGAAAACCUUGAAGAGCUGAAGCAGUCCGCCAACGACCCCCGUGUCAAGACGGCUUUCCUCAAACUGCUGGAUGGCAUUGGCAAGAACCACAAGUUCAACAGCUACGAGAAGGUCAAGAAUGUUUAUUUGGAUAUUGAGCCGUUUACGAUUGAGAAUGAGCUUUUGACGCCAACUCUCAAACUCAAGCGUCCCCAGGCCGCCAGGAAGUUCAGGGCCGAAAUCGACCGCAUGUACGAGGAGAUCAACGCUGCUGCCCAGACCAAGGCCAAGCUAUAGAGAGGGAGUUGGGAAGGCCAAGGAUGUGCUGUCGUUGUCAUCAUCAGCGUUGUUGGAGUUUUACGUGCAUGAAUCUACCUGCCUUUUGAUCUGAGCUGGACACUUAUCGUUUCCACUUUGCUUGUUGGUGUUGGUGCUGAUGCUGGUUCUGGUGCUUAGCUGAGGUGUUGUUUAAAUUUCUUGACAUGUCGUUGACUCUCAUCCCUUUUGUGUAUGAAUGAAAACUACUAUGGUUGGUUCAAUCAUGACCAUUCGAUGAUA